CCUACUUCAAUUGUUCCCAUAAAUCUGGUAACAGAGAAAACUUUCCAGCUAAACGCCGAUAAGACUUCAUACUACUCACAAUACUCUAUAUAUUGGGAUCAUCACAACAGUCAAGGCUACCUCACAGUAUCUCACAUUUGGCUGCCCACUUUUUUCCUUUGUCUUGAUCCUUUAAAACUUCAGACUUCCUUUUGCCUUCCGCGUCAUGGAGAAAGUCCAAUACCUCACUCGCUCUGCUAUAAGAAGAGCUUCAACCAUUGAAAUGCCUCAACAAGCACGUCAAAAUCUCCAGAACCUGUUCAUCAACUUCUGUCUCAUCUUAAUAUGCCUCUUGCUGAUCUGCAUCAUCGUGAUGCUUCUCUGAAGUGCUGCUGCCAUGUCCAGUGCUGCAACCUGUCACCAUCAGCUUAAGCCUGUCACCCACGGAGAGGGGAAAAGAGACCACUUCCCAUGAAGAGGAAAUUCUUCAUGCAAACAUCAAGGUUCAGAAGAAAUGAUUAGCAAAUGUCUUCAUCUGCUGGAUCUUGCAACCAUGAAAAGGGCUCGAUUUUCAAAAUUAACUUUAAAAUGACUAUAAGUGUGCAUAAUGUAACUGUAAAUUUCUGCAACAGAGCUUAUAAAUUUCAAUCCCAAAUCUUUCCUGAGGAUGAACUAGGAGUUUAGUUUUGAAACUGUACUGCUAACAAGUCACUUCAUAUAUAAAGCAUUAGCUUCACUGUUUGGGGUAAAUAUAAUUUAUAUUGUACUGAAAAAGCCUCUUUGAUGUUUAUUAAGUAUUUUUCAGGUCUUCACCAAGUAUCAAAAUAAUCAUUCAAAUGACAUGUCAUUAUUUUAAAUAGCCCACUGAUUCCUCACUUUAUCUUCAUUAUUAUUAUACAAACGUCUCUUUAGUAACUAUCAUAACCUCCAUUCUAAAAUAGAAAUUGCAUUCUUUUCCUAUACUUACCUUAACAUUGUUUGAAGUUCAUGAGAAUCAAGUAGGAAAAAGAAGACCAUA